AUGACGGAACCCGAGGGCGGGGGCGCUAUGUUGGAGCUCGAAGGGAGGCUGGCGUGGAUCCGAGGCUACCAGGGUGCGGUUCCAGCAAUGGACUGGGGCUUCGAGGUCGUCGACGACGACGAAGAUGAGGCCACAUCGGAGGAGGGUGGUCAGGCGGACGAUUACGGCGGGCAGUUGGACGAGGCUCCUUCGUCCAAAACAAUCACUGAGGAGGAAAUCGCAGUGGGCGAUGAUAUGGAGGAGGAGGGCGGCCCGGCGGCGCUGAAACACGGAGGGGACGGCGCAGAAGAACUUUGCAAAAACGAGGUCGCGGAGGAGUGGAGGGCGGAAGUGGAGGAGGUAGGCAGUUUUGAGGAAUUCAGCGGGAGCGAGUAUGGCAGUGACGGUGGUGUGGACCAGCAUCGGUGUGGACCAGUGUCGGCAGUGACGGCAGUGAUGGCGAUGAAAGCUAUGGAGGUACCUCUCGCAUGGGCCAAUCACCUAGAGCCCGACCGUUGCUCGUCUAGCGAAGACAGCGUUGAUGACGAUUGCCCUCAGCUAGCCUUGGCAGCUGGACCAUCGCCGCAAUGCGACGAGGCUGCUUUAGACGAUGGCCUGCGGCAUAGCGACAGUGCUGAUGAGGCUGCUCCCCAUCUAGAAUCCGAAGGAGCUGCAAAGGUGGUGAUCUCCGCAAUCGCUCGCGCCGUGCGGAGGGCAGUGGUGACGGUCGCAGUUGCGUCGGUCUUGCGUGGCGUUGUCAACGCGGCGAGUCCCCCGACACCCGAGAAGGUGCCGCAGAGGACAACGGCGUUGUUCGUGGGGUCUCCCCAGCUAACGCCGUCGUUGGCAGCGAGAGAGACCUCGCCAAGCGAGUCGCUAGACUGGGAGGAAACUUACUUUGUCGACAGUGACAGGCCGUGUGUGACGAAGAUGGAGGGCGAUGCGACGGCAGCAAAGAGCCAGUGCAGGAUAGGGAGGGAGAGUUGCCAAGCAGAGAUGAAGCUGCUGCGGGAGGCAAUGGCAGCGGCGCAGCUGUCGGAGGGAUGCGACGAUGAGCUCGAGCGGUUGCGAUCGGAGUUUGAGGCACUACGGAAGGAGCUGGCACAAACACAGAGCGCCGCGUGCUUGGCGCUGCACUCCACAGCGCCGGGACGGGUGAUGCCAUCGCAAGACGCGGAGGCUAUGGAGUCAGCAAACGACAUUGACAUUGCAACCUCCUGCAACUAUCACCGAGAGUCCAUCGCCGACUGUCUACCGUCGGACAUGCCAACGUGGGACUCGCUCGAGAGCAACGAGACCGAUCGUCGGAGGGCCCAAAUCGAGGCGGGCGAGUGUUCCAUCUUCACCUACGGGCGACCGGGGUCCUGGGCGAUCGAGGCAAUCGGUAUCGGAGCCAAUCCGACGAUGCCGCAGCUGCUCGACCGCGUCGAGAUGGAGCACGCAAACUGCUUGCAUUUGGCGCCGGCGGGAGCACCGCUCCCGUCCCGCCGCAGAGUACGAAUCGUGGGGGUAUAG